AUGUUGAUCCGCCUGCCCAAGCUAGAAGAACUACAAUCCCCAGCAGGCAUCGCGCUGCCAGGUGUCACUAGUUAAAGGCAUCUGCUGAAAGAUUUGGAAUUUCAGAAGAAGGUGGCUACUCCGAAGCAGACUAACUGUAAUACAGAGUCACCAGCAGCCCUGGAGGCGGCCAAGACUUCUGGCGCCCCUGGGAGCCCCACAACCCCCCCUGAGCCUCAUGACCCUGGUGGUUCCCUGCCCCUGACACCCCAGAUGGAAAGCCGCUUGGAGGAGGAAGAUCCUCCUGGGACUGGCGGUGGCCUGGGCUGGAAAACUAGGGGUCCCUGGACCCGGAGCCCAGGGAGCUGCUCGGGAGAGGCCGUGCUGGGCCGGAAGAGGCACCGACGGCGGCCAUCCAAGCGCAGGCGGCACUGGCGGCCCUAUCUGGAACUGAGCUGGGCUGAGAAGCGACAGCAGGAUGAGAGGCAGGGCCAGAGAGCCUCCCGAGUCCGUGAGGAGAUGUUCGCCAAAGGCCAGCCCGUGGCCCCCUACAAUACCACCCAGUUCCUGAUGAAUGACCGAGACCCUGAGGAGCCCAACCUGGAUGUGCCCCAUGGGGCCUCCCACCCAGGCUCCAGCGGGGACAGUGAGGCAGGGGACAGCGACGGGGGCCAAGUUCACGGUGAGUUCCAGCAGAGGGAUUUCUCGGAGGCUUACGAGCGCUACCACACCGAGCGCCUCCAGGGCCUCAGCAAGCAGGAGCUGGUGCAAGACUACCUGGAUCUGGAGAGGCGGCUGUCACAGGCCGAGGAGGAGACAAGGAGACUGCAGCAGCUGCAAGGGUGCAUCAGCCGGCAGCCCUGUCGCCAGGUGGAGGAGCUGGCUGCUGAGGUAGAGAGGCUCCGCACGGAGAACCAGCGGCUUCGGCAGGAGAACGAGAUGUGGAACCGAGAGGGCAGCCGCCACAAUGGAGAGCCGGGCACCUAGGGGUACCCCCCAGCCAGGUUGACCCAGGGAGAAGGUCCUGUUUCAUACACACUCAGGCCAGCUGGGUCUCAAGGAGGCAGGAGGCAGAUGAAAACCACUCUCAGCACCCUUGUGCCCCCUGAGAACAGCUAAAAUAGGGUCAGACUUCCACCUUGUCGUUUCCACAAUUUAUUCUUUUUUUAAAAAAUAUUUUAUUUUUCCUUUUUCUCCCCAAAGCCCCCCAGUACGUAGUUGUAUAUAUUU